AUGGCCCCCAAGAGGAAGUAUCAAAUGACAGACAAAGAUCAGAAUAAAGGAAAAGCUUCUAAGAGUCAUCCAACAUUACAACUUGCUAGGCGUCUAUCAGAGAUGACUUCUCAAAUUGCACCAUGUGCUUCAUCACAUGCAUUAUCUCAUUCUACUGAUCUGCCUGCUUGGACAUCUGAUGUGAUACCUCCACCUUCAGUACAAGGGGUACACUCAGCAUGUACUGCACAACCAUCAAAUCCAGAUGCAGGAUGUACCCUUGAUGUUGCCCCAGAGAAGAAAAGUGCUAUUCUCAGAAAACUUGAUAGACAGCAGAUGGUAGACAAAGUUCAGAAUAAAGGAAAAGCUUCCAAGAGUCAUCAAACAAAACGACUUACUAGACGUGUUGCAAUGAUGACUUCUGAAAUUCCCCCAUGUGCUUCAUCACAUGCCAUAUCUCCUCCUACUGAUCCACAACCAAGAUCAUCUGAGGUGAUACCUCCUCCUUCAAUACAAGGGUUACACUCACCAAGUACUUCACAACCAUCAAAUCCAGAUGUAGGAUGUACCCGUGACACAGCCACGAAGAGGAGAUCUGUUCGCAGGAAGUUUGUUGGUCAGCAGAUGGCAGAGAAAGUUCAGAAUAAAGUAAAAACUUCUAGGAGUAAUCCAACAAAACAACGUGCAACAUCUCUAGCACCAAUGACUUCUCAAAAGCCACCUUAUGCUGCACAACCAACAAAUUCAAUGGAAGGGGCACACUCACCUACUAGGACAUCUGAUGUAUCAACUCCACCUUCAAUGGAAGUGGUACACUUGCCUCGUUCCUCACAACCAACAAAUUCAGAUGCAGGACAUACUGGUAGAACAUUUGUUGCAUUAGAGACGCAAAGCAAUGAUGCCAGGCCAAUUUUAUACCUUGAUGGGCAAGGGUAUGUUUUUCUACUAUGUUACUUAUUUGACAUUGGCAUUUUGAAAUUGUAA